GGUCGGCUGCCUGGGCUUUCUCGCUUUAGUCUCAGGGAACCUCGGCAGGUCACGGCACGACCCGCGCUGGAGCCGGUGGGAAGGCAUGGGUUGGUCUCAGAAUUUGUUCCAUGUCUUGUGGAGAGCGCUGUCAAAGGAAGUGAAGGAACAAGUGGGCACAGACCUGUUCGGGAACAAAUACUACUAUAUCCCAGAGUACAAGAACUGGAGAGGACAAACUAUUCGAGAGAAAAGAAUUGUAGAAUCAGCAAAUAAAAGAGAAAUAGACUAUGAAGUAGGGGAUAUCCCAGCAGAAUGGGAAGCUUGGAUCAGAAAAACAAGAAAGACUCCACCUACUAUGGAGGAAAUAAUGAAGAAUGAAAAACAUAAAGAAGAAAUUAAAACCAAAGACUUUUAUGAAAAAGAAAAACUCCUCAAAGAGAGCAGCAAGGAACACUUGGCUCCACCAGUUCAAACUCAGAUUAAAGGGCAUGCCUCUGCUCCGUACUUUGGAAAAGAAGAAUCCUCAGUGGCUCCCACCAGCACUGGUAAAACCUUUCAGCCAGGAUCCUGGAUGCCACAAGAUGGCAAGAGCCACAAUGAAUGAAUGCACUGUGGUAAAAUCAUUUCAUUUAUAUAUGUAUGUGACUAUUUUAACAAGUAAAAGUAAAAAGUUACUUCGUAUUUUCUGACUGUACAAUAGUUCUCUAUUCCAGUAAACUUAAGAACUUGUUUUUACUAUGCAUAAGAACUGUGAGUUUAUGAACUAUAGGAAACUAACUUCUUUUAGACUUAAAUCCUUCACUUGAUUUAGUCUUCAUUCUCUGUUUAUAAAUUUGCUUAGUUUUUUUCCUCUUUGAGUUGCUCCCUUGAGAAGUAUCUUGUAGCUGUAAAUGCUCAGUACAUUUUAGAUCCUUACGAUCAUUUAGAAACCACCCAAAAUAUAUCUUGGUAGAAAAUGAUAAGGGUAAAUAUUGAACUGUCCUAAAUGAUCAAAUAUAAAAGGAGAAGACUGCUAUUUCUGUAGAGGCACUCUGUAAGAUUCUAAAGAACUAAUCAAAAACAUGAACUUGGAUAAAACACAUGGAGGCCAGGAUAAAAACACGUGGAGGCCAAGAAAAUUUAUUUGAUAAAUGAAAAACACCCUAUGAUAUAGUAGAUGGGACAAAAGCUAUUUUAUGGUGGAAUUGAGGUUGGAGUUUUAAAGAAGAAUUAGGACCAAUGGAAGUAGACAAUCACAAAAGUCUGAAAAGAUGGUAAACAGAGAAAUGGUACAGUAAUUGCAGUUCUGUGAUUAAAAAUUACUUUGAAGAAAUAGAAAAUAGGGCAGAGUUCUCAGAACGUGAUUCCACUGAUAGUGGAGAUUACAGUGAUUUCUAUAUUGGAGAAAAUUAUAGACAGAUGACAACAUUAAAACAGAUUAUAUAUAAAAGUGUCAUACAUUUUCUGAAGUGCACAACCAAGUUUUUGUUGCUAACAGAGUUCUAAUUCUAAUAUAGAGGUCUUCUAACAGUGUUUGACAUUGUAGCAACUACUCAAUAAAUAUGGACUGAGAUUUUUACUUAAUAUUAGAAGGUAAAAAUUUUAAUUGCUUAAGAAAUAAACUACAGAAAAAUACAACUUUAUAAAAUGUUAUACUGAAACAAGUAAUCAAAUGUAAUCACCAUAACACUCAUGAAAUGACAAAAAAAAAAAGCCCCUAGGUGGUAAUAUUAACGUUCCAGCAGCCCUGUUAAUAUCAAGUUAAUCAUUCUGUCUCUUUACAUUAUUCCAAAGUAGUAUUACAUUUUACCAAAGAGGCAAAAAAGGAACUAGCUCUUAGGCAAUAUAAAAAGAGAUAAAAUUUGUUGUAUAAUUGACUGUAAAGGAAGAUGUUCUUGAACCCCAGGUUACAGGAAAAACUGUAAAUUCUAACACGCUAGAAUAGAAUGUGUCUACUACCAAAUUCCUAUCAGCUUAUUAACUGUAUUCUAUAUACAUAUUUUACAAAAGUUUGUUGUGUAGGCUGUUUAUAAAUAUCUUAAUGUAUGACAGAAUUUACAUUAAUUUUAAUUUUAAAAUACCUGUUUUACAUAAAAGAAAAUCUUAGCCAACAGUUACGUUACAUAAGAAGAUGAUACUGGCCCACCCAUUAUUAGUAAAGUAUGAACUUUCAAAGUGAUUUUGAGAAUAAACUUUGUAGUAAUCCAUCCACACUCCUUUCCUCAAGACUAACAUUUUUAGGAUGACUGGUUUACACUGUUAGGUGGUAUCAGAACAGAGUUCUGAGAAGAUUUAGUCCUACAUAAAAACUGAACUAUAAUCUUGGCCUAAUUAAGAUUGCCUUUCUAAACAAUCUUGUGUUUAUAUGUGGCUUUUAAGCCAGACACAUGCAAAGCAGAAUCAGAGUUUCACAUAUUCACUUGUCCACCAUAUUUCAUAUUUUAAAGUUAUAUUUGGGGAAUUUAUAAGUUUUUUUUUAAUGAAAAUGUUUUUCUUCAUCUUUUCAAGACAGACUCCAAAACCCAUGCAGAUUUUUAAAUUUCAAAAGUUAAAAUGUUCAUUUUAAAAUAAUUAAAUUGGGGCUUCCCUGGUGGCGCAGUGGUUAAAAAUCUGCCUGCCAAUGCAAGGGCCAUGGGUUCGAGCCCUGGUCUGGGAAGAUCCCACAGGCUGCAGAGCAACUAAACCCACGCACAAGUACUGAGCCUAAGCCCUAGAGCUCACGUGCCACAACUACUGAGCCCACGUGCCACACCUACUGAAGCCUGCGAGGCUAGAGCCCGUGCUCCGCAACAAGAGAAGCCACAACGAGAAGCCCGCACACCGCAACCAAGAGUAGCCCCCACUCACAAACUAGAGAUCCCACGCACAGCAACGAAGACCCAACACAGCCAAAAAUAAUUAAUUUAAAAUAAUAAUAAUAAUUAAAGUGUCAUACAUACCUUAAGUUCUCUCAGAUAAAUCCUUCCUGACUUCCUGUGCCUCUGCUAUACAUGCAUAUAGCAUUUUUUCCCCCAAAGGCCUUAUUAUACAAACUGCUCAGGUAUACAUGCGUUGCCUUUUGGGUUUAACCAUAUAAAUCUAGCCUAUUAGCUAUGCCUUGGAUAUCUGAAGUUAAAAAUCAAAAAAAAUGGAGGAAAUAAUUUUUCCCCAUUAUGUUAUCCUUUUGCAUUCCAUUUUUACUGAUUUCUGGCUCUCAUUUACUUCCUAAUUUCAUCAGCCUUGACCCAAUACCAUCAUACUGACUUUUUUAAUGCUGUCUCAUUAACCACACUAUCUAAAAUGUAACCUGAAUUCAUUUAGACUAGGCUUUCUCAAACUAUUUGUGUUCUUUGGGGGAAAAGAAAAGAGUCUAUGAUAGUCAAAGAAGGUUAAAAGACUCCAAGAAAUCCUGAAGAAAUGAAUUGUCUUAUCUUGUGUUUCCCAAACUUUUGGUAUUUGAACACGGAAUCCCCUUUAAUGUUUGAGAAAUACAGAAUUUGUCCUUAUAUGUUACAGAUAUGAAGUAAAUCAGAGUGAUCCUAUAAUCAGUUGCAAACCUGAAAGCAAUCAUCCCUAAAUAGGUAUCAGACUUCCUCUAACUUAAAACCAGAUGAGGUAUAAAGUGCCCCUAACAAUGGGUGACGAGCUGUUACUUAAUAGUGGAUCUCAACAUUGGGUUUCUAGCUUACAGCAUCCGAACUUAUUUCAAGUUUGCUCACUGUAAUUUCAGGAAAUAGGUUUAAAAUCCCCUUGCACAUCUGAUACAGUAACACCAUGCUGAAGUUUACCACGUGGACGCUAUGGAUCAAAUUCUGAUGCACAAACUUUUUGGUGGUAAAAUGUUUGUUAUAGGCAGCUUGUUUUUCCUUCAAAACCAGCCAUAAUUGAUUAUAUUAGUUCUAAGAACUUCAGAAACAACAUAAUAUGUAGGCAGUUUUUAAAAGAGUUAUUCUGGGUAACAGUAAAUGGGAUUCUUGUAACCAUAACAGUAUGUUACAAUAAAAGAUUGAUUUUUCUGAAGACUCUCAAAACUCAUAAUACACAGUCCCCAACUUAAUUUUUCAACUUUACGAUACACAUUCACAUUCAACAGAAACGUUGUUUGAGUUUUAAUCUUUUCUCGGGCUAGCAGUGUGCAGUAGGACACUUGUGAUGCUGGGCAGUGGCAGGGAGCCACAGCUCCCAGUCAGCCAUGCAAUCACAAGUUAACAACCGAUACCCACACAAACAUUCUGUUUUUCACUUUCAGUACAUUAUUCAGUAAAUUAUUUUCAGCUUGCAAUGGGUUUAUCAGGAUGUAAUCCAUUUUAAAUCGAGGUAGCUCUAUAGUCUCUAAUUUACACCACCCCCCAACACACACAAACAUAUAGACACAUAUUAUAAAACCUUGUUGAUCUCAAAUGUAUAAAAAGGCUCCAUAAAUUUUGGGAAAAGCUGAAGAAACAAUAAAUGGCCUAUGCCAAACAAAUACAAAAUUGUAUUAAGACUAACAGGGACUAUAGAAAAACCUAUUUUAGUUAAAUACCUUUAAAUUGUCACAAUGAGCAAUGAAACCAUAGCUUUAGUGGAUAACUGUAAGUUUUGUUUAAAUUUCAAUGACAAUAUAAAAAGCAUUAUCCUAGAUC